CUCCAUACAAACAUUGGUGUCGGAACUGGAAUGAUGGGCGGAGGGAUGAUGGGGGGAGCUGGAAUGAUGGGAGGUACUGGAAUGAUGGGUGCUGGUAUGAUGGGAGCUGGUGCUGGAAUGAUGGGAGGCGGUGGGAUGAUGGGAGGUGGUAUGAUGGGUGGUGGUAUGGGGAUGCACCACGGAUACGGAGGUUCAGAGGUCGAUGGAGGACAGUACAGUAAAGGAAAUCAAAAUUUAAACGAUUUAAGAUAUGAACAAGCUCAUGGUAAUCAAGGCGGUCAGUACAAUAAUGGACAGGGGGGCUAUAAUCAGGGAGAAGUAGCUGCAAAAGACAUGAAGGGAGAUUCUGGAUACUACAGCGGCGCCAAUGGCGGUAAAAAUGUUUAUGAAGACGGAAAAAUGUACCACGGAGCACAGAAAUAUGAUCAAGAAGGUAAAAAUGAAGGCGCUCAAAGUAUGGCGAAAGGUCAUAAGAAGGGACACAAAGUUAAGGGAUUCAAGAACUCUCACCAAAAACAAGAAUCUGGAAAGACAGAGGAAUUCUAUGAUGAGGAUCACGACGAAGGUGGCAACUACAUGUUCAAUAACCAAGCCGGCAGCUUUGGAGAGAAUGCAGGCAAUGCCUACAAAGGAGGUAAAGAGGAUGGCAAAUUCUCUACCGGAGAAGCGAAGAAGGAGGGGCAUUUCAAUCAACAGUAUCUAUUUGAUAAGGCUAAUGGAGGCCAGGGAAGAUAUGGAGAAGCCAAGUACGGAAAUAGUGGAAACAUUUACGGACUCAAUAAUGGAGCUGGAGUUAACAGCAUGGCAGGUCAUCACCAUUCCAGCAAGUUCUUUAAGCAUCAUCCUUUUUAUAAGUACUAUUAUUAAUAGGAUGGUACCUUGGGAAAACAUAAAAUAGGCAAAAGAACUGUGACGAAAUAGGCACAACGACUUUUUUAAUAAGAUGAAGUUAAAAAAUAAAACUAUUUUCAAAUAUUUUGAAAAUAAGUUUACAAAAAAACGAACUACGUAUAUAAUAGAGUAAAAACUAACUCAGGUGAGAACUUUUAAUUUUUUAUAAAAAAAAUGUGAGAACAAAGCAUUUUUUAUAGAUGAGUCAUGAGUCUGUCUAAUUUUGAAAAAAUACUAAAAGUAUGUAUCAGAAAACAAAAAAUCAAUAUUUUUUACAUAUUUUUAUUUAAAUGAGGUCUUCUUCAAUAUACUGUUUUCUUGAUGAUCUAAGCAAUAUUUUCGUCAAUCAUCUCUUUCAAUUUGUUGACCGUGCUAAAACCAUUAUUUAAGGUUUAAUAUGACAAAAAACUCUUAUUUCAAACAUUUUGCGAGAUUGAACAGUAUUUUACCUUAUAAAUACUGGUUUAUUGUUUAUGAAACAGUGGACUCAAAUCUAUCCAUCACAUAUAUUGAUGAAACAAUUUCAUCAAUUGUUCGUGUUAUAAUCCAUGUUGGCAAAACAGUAAAAGUUUGUAAGUUCCAACUGGCAAAUCCUAUACUGGACAUAAUCCUGCACAACACGCAAACUAGAAGAAAUGUAUACCACCUUCUCAAAUGCCUCAAAAAAUAUGGGCCUGAAACUAAACGAGGAGAAAACUAAGAUGAUGGCAUCAACACCCAACAAUAGAGCCAGAAACAUCGGUCACCAAUUCACUGUUGAUAACUCUACCUUUACUUUGAAGUGGUGGACAAAUUCACAUACUUAGGAUCCCUGAUCACCAAGGAGAACAUCAUGAAGGAAGAAAUCAAGCGAAGGAUAAUCCUAGCGAACAAAUGCUAUUUUGGACUGAGUAGACAUAUGAGAAGCAGAAACUUAGCCAAAAAACAAAAAUAACCAUAUACAAAACCCUUAUACAACCAGUGUUGACAUAUGGAUCGGAGACAUGGACCAUCUCCAAGGCAGAUGAAAACCUUCUGCUUAUAUUUGAACGAAGGAUCCUGAGAGCAAUAUUCGGUGGCAUCUGUGAAAAUGGUAUUUGGAGGAGGAGGUACAACUAUGAGGUAUACCACAGAUAUAAACAUAUCCAUCCAUCCAAUGGCACUACAGCCCAAAUCGAGCCUUGGCCUCCUUCAACAAGCUUCUCCAAUCAUUUCGAUUUACCGCUGUUCUCUUCCAUGAACGCGUUCCCAGGAAGUUCCUGGCAUCCUCAUCGACUUCGUCUUCCCAUCUCUUUUUAGGUCUUCCAACAGGUCUUUUUCCCUGCAUUCUUGCAUUCAGCAGUUUUCUGGGGAUUCUAUUCUCAUUCAUGCGGACCACGUGCCCUGCCCACCGUAAUCUCUGCAGUUUAGUGUAUUGUGAUAUAAACAUAUAUUUGGUGGUAAAGACGUAGUAUCUCUUAUAAGAAUAGGAAGACUAAGAUGGGCAGGACACGUAGCAAGAUCACAGCAUAACAACCUUCCUAGAAGAAUCCUUAUGUCACAACCUGUGGGAAGCAGAAAUAGGGGAAGGCCAAAACUUAGAUGGAAGGAUGGUGUAGAUGAGGAUGGGAGACAAAUAGGCGCAGCAAACUGGCAACGGUUGGCAAUGGAUAGGUAAUAGACUUGGGAAGGCCGAGGCUCUUUCAUAGGUCUGUAGCACAAUUGAUGAUGAUACUGGACAUAUAAUAUGUUUCAGGGGUACGUAAACUCCAAUUUCUUUAAGAUUGAAAAACGACUUUGGGCAGGCCAAUCAUUGUUUAAGAUACCGUCUUACCAUUUUUUUGUAGAUCCUAUACGCUUAUUUCUGACGACAUAGCAUUGAUUAGCAGAAACCUGAACAGUUUAAAGCAAAAAUUUAGGAAGUUGUGCAAGAAAGCAUCCAAGAGGGGUUUGGCAAUAAAUCAAAAUAAAACAAAAUACCCAAUAUGCUCAAGAAAAAUACAGUUAAUGUGACAAAGUUAAAUAUUGGCGAAUAAGUUUGAAAAGGUGGAAUAAAUAUGUUGGUGUCUCAGUUAAUGGAACUAAUGAUAGAAGCAUAGUACCCAAUAAAUUAAAGAAUUCUGGCAGGAAACAGAACCUACUGGAAAUACAACAACUUACUCAAAGUAAGUAAGACGCUUACUCAGAAUACUAAACUGAAUCUUACGGAGCAGCAACUCGACUAGUAACCACAUAUGGUGCUGAUGUAAUGUGCCUGACACAGAAAGAUGAAGAAAGAUUGAGGAUCCUAGAUAGAAAAAUUAUUUGGAGAAUAGCAGACCCACUAAACUUAGAUAAUAAUGAAUUUAGAAAACUGAUGAACUACGAAGUAAGAAAACAUUUGAUAGGAGAAGACAUCGUCAGAUGUAUCAAGGCACAAAGAUUCAGAUGGAUGGGAUAUAUAGAAAGAAAAAAUCCAGAAUCAGUUAUUAAAAAAAGCUCCACAUGGAGACCAGUACCACUCGAACCACGAGGAAGACCCAAAACUAGAAGGGAGAACCAGAUAGUCGAGGAACUUAAGAAGAUGGGAGUCAGAGAAUGGGUAACCAUAAGCAAAAACAGGAACGAAUGAAGCAAAAUCGCAGAAGAUGCUAAGUCACACAACCAAUUGUAAAAUCAAAAUGUUAAUGCGUAUUGAUUCACCGCGACAAACGAAUCGGAAGAGCCCAAAGAGGGCGGCAAUCACUCCGCUAGGAGUGCAGAUGCCAUGACGAUAUGAUGAUCUGAUAAUAAAGGUAAUAAGAGACAAAACAUAAGUGAGGACAAAGCACGAGACAAAGAGAGAGGAUGUAGAACUAAACUUAAGAACUAUGGAUCCCUAAUUCCACAAUAUUUUCUUAAUAAUUUAAAAUUAGACAGAAUCAUUGUAAGACUAUUAUUCAAUGUUCGUAUCAUUUAUUCUUUUUAUAUUUCUUAAUAUCAAAGACUUUUUUCUUUUAACUGCCAUAAACUUAGAAGUACACAACUUUACACGCUUGAAAAUAUUUGAAAAUUUUCUUUAUUUGUUCUUACCCGCAAAGAUAUAUAUUUAGUAACAGGUUCAACUGGUACUAGAUCCUGUGAUACUUCCAUGUGGUGAAUGAAUUACUAACAAUAACAUACAUUAUGGACAUGGAGUUAUAAUUAGCUUCUUUUGCAACUUUUAAAACAGCAUUAAUCAUUUAUAUAUUAGUAUUAAUUAGUGAUGUCAAAUUGUGUAAGGCAAUUUAAUGUAUACUUUUAAUUUUAAUAAAUACCUCUUAAGCAUAA